GUCUCAAGUCAUUUGUUGAAAGUGACUAACCAAAAUACAUCUGCUCCAAACAGUACCAAACCUCCAGCCGUGAAAAUUCAAAAACUACUCUCCAGAAAGCAUCACCUGAGACGUCCUAGAGGGCACACAUUAACAAAGGGUGUAGUUAUAUUACAAGAUAAUGGGAAGAUUCCACGGUCAGUUACAAAAUCAGCAAUUGUAGCCUCCGGACGGAUUACCUUUAAAAAAUUUGAUAAUGAAGCAGCUAUGAAAAAACAGAUAGAAACUGUUAUGAUGGCUACAAUGGGUGAAGUUAAGCCUUUCAAGUAUGUCAAAAACAUAAACAGAAGAAUCAUAGAAGAACACAGUGGUCAUAAUGACACUGUUAAAUGGACUGCAAGAAGUGUUACCAAGUUAGCUGGACAGGGCAAAAUAUAUUGUCUCUUACAAGGGUCCUCAAGUGAACAUCCUGUGAAUGAAUUAGAGGAUGAUGUCCAGGAAAAUGAUAAAUCAACAUCUACUUGUGACCUUUGACAAUGCUAUAUGGACUUCAUGUACUCAGAAAUUCUAUGCAUUAUAUAAAAAUACACACCUGAGAAAAACUACUUAUUUUACAGAAAAUUGUGUAUUUUAAGACAAAUGGAUAAAAAUGAUCCAUACAAGAGAGAAACUGACACAUUUGUGUCAUUCGGG